AUGGCCUCAAGCAAUUGCUCCUUACCUUCACCUCCUAUUUUUUCUGGUGAAAACUACCAGAUAUGGGCUGUCAAAAUGAAGACUUAUUUGAGUGCUUUUGAUUUGUGGAAAGUAGUGGAAAAUGAGAAGGAACCACCACAACUUCCUGUAAAUCCAACAGUAACUCAAAUGAAAAAUUAUAGUGAAGAAAAGGUAAAGAGGUACAAGGCUAAAAGCUGUAUUGAGUCUUCAGUUUUUGAUGACAUAUUCAUUAGAAUCAUGACUUGUGAAACUGUAAAACAAGCUUGGGAUGUGCUCAAGGAAGAGUUUCAAAGCAGUGACAAGACAAGACAAAUGCAAGUGUUGAAUCUUAGAAGAGAGUUUGAAGUCUUAAAGAUGAAGGAGUCUGAAAAUUUAAAGGAGUACAAUGACAGACUCAUGAAGAUAGUAAACAAGAUUAGAUUACUUGGUGAGGAGCUGUCAGACAAAAGAAUUGUAGAGAAGGUUCUUGUCAGCUCACCAGAGAGCUUAAGAGCAAAGAAGGGCUAUCAGACAAGAGGAUUCAAUAGAAGGUGCUUUUACAGCCAAAGAGAAAGACAAGAUGCAAAUAGAAAGCAAAGGCAGAAAAUAAGGAGAUCAAAGAAACCAAGACUACUCAUUUGGAGAAAUAUUACUGGUACAGACCUAACAUACAAUGUAGGUACUGUAAGCAGCUUGGUCACAUGGAGAAGAACCUCCUCCAGUGCAUGGCUCAUUGACAGUGGCUGCACACACCAUAUGGCAUCUGAUAUCAACAUAUUCAAAGAACUAGACAAGACCUGCACCUCUAAAGUCAGAAUAGAUCAAAACCUGUUGAGUGUAGGACAGUUGCUAGAAAAUAACUACUCUUUAGUCUUCAAAGACAAGGCAUGCAUAAUUCAUGAUCCCACUGGCCAUGAACUCUUUACUGUUAAUAUGAAAAGAAAAUAUUUUUCCUUGAAUUGGCAUGAAGCAAACUCCUCUGUAUAUGUUACUUCACAUGAUGAAUCUUCUUUAUGGCAUAAAAGGAUGGGACAUUUCAACUACAAUGCAUUGAAUUUCAUGCAUAAAAAUGAUCUUGUAUUAAACAUGCCUACUGUUGAAGUCAAUGCUGGAGUGUGUGAAGUCUGUCAACUAGGAAAACAAAGUAAGUUGCCAUUUGUAAUUAACAAAGCAUGGAGGGCAACUGAAAAAUUACAACUUGUUCAUACUGAUAUUUACUUCAUGAAACAAAAGUCUGAAGUUGCAAAUGUAUUUUGGAAGUUCAAGGCUUGGAUUGAGAAUCAAAGUGGCUGCAAAAUCAAGAUCAUAAGGUCAGACAAUGGUACUAAAUACACAUCUGACAGAUUUAAUGAGUUUUGUGAAGUUGCAGGAAUUGAACACCAACUGACAGCAACUUACACUCCACAACAAAAUGGAGUCAGUGAAAGGAAGAAUAGAACAAUCAUGGAGAUGGCAAGAUGCAUGCUGUUUGAGAAGAAUCUUUCAAAGAAAUUCUGGGCAGAGACAGUCAAUACCUCUGUCUACUUACUCAACAGGCUGCCUACAAAAGCUUUGAAGGGAAACACUCCUUUUGAAGCCUGA